AUGUCGGAAACUAAUCUGAGAAAACGAAAGGCAGCUUCAAUAUCGACGAGCUCGAAGAAAGAAGAGGCCACUACUCCCAGUAAACCCCCCCAACAACCCGACGAUUUCGAUUUUCUCGACAGCGAAACCCUUUCAAAAUACGUCAGAAUUCUAUGGAUACCCAUUUUAAUCGUAUUCGGAAUAUUCCUCUAUCUUAACCCUUCACUAGUACAAGACUUAAUUGGAUUGUGGAUUGAAUCGGAGGACUUGCAGGCAAGGCCUUCCGGAGGUACUGCUACUACUACGGAAUACUUGGGCUUCCAGGACUUUGGGUUUGCGGCAGACGUGGAGAAACGAGAUGCAGUUGUCGCAGCGUUCAAGCAUGCAUGGGACGCAUAUGAAAGGGAUGCCAUGGGCGAUGACGAGUAUCAUCCUAUAAGCCGGAAAGGAACCAACUUAACAAAAGCCGGAGGAAUUGGUUAUACGAUUAUAGAUUCCAUCGACACUAUGCUCCUCAUGAAUUUGACGGAGGACUACACGCGUGCGAGGGCUUGGGUGGAGAAGAAGCUUUCGUUUGACAGAGAUGCUGAGUUUAGCACGUUUGAAACAACUAUUCGAGUUCUGGGUGGUCUACUUUCAGCGUAUCAUCUAUCAGGAGAGGAUCGUCUCUAUCUUGACCAAGCCGUCGACCUAGCCGACCGCAUCCUGCCAGUUUUCAAUACGCGUAGCGGUUUACCUUACCCAAACGUCAACUUGGCGCAUCGAACAGGCGAACCAGAUUCCGACGAAGAUUUGAUGGAUUUCAUCAGUACAGCCGAGGCUUCUACUCUUCAGUUGGAGUUUAGAUAUCUUAGCUCGUUAACCGAAAAUGAGGAGUAUUGGGAUAAAGUUGAGAAUGUAAUGCGUGUCAUCAAAGCAGCUCGUAUGCCUCACGGAUUGGCUUCUGUCUUCAUGCACAUUAAAACUGGACAAUUCAUCCCUUCUGCAAUCCGCCUCGGAUCAAGAGGAGACUCACACUUUGAAUAUCUGCUAAAACAGUAUAUUCAGACUAACCGGACGGAAGACGUUUAUCGAGAUAUGUACGACGAUGCGAUGGAAGCCAUCGCACAAAACCUCAUCCAACAAAGCUCCUCCGCACGGUUAACCUACACCUCCGAACUUAUACCAGAAAUUGUUGAAGGGGCCGAUGCUACCAACCCAAACGAUUUGUCGUGGCGACUUACACCAAAACAAGACCACCUCGUGUGCUUCUUUGGGGGCUCAUUGAUGCUCGGAUCUACUAUUACAGGGACUACUGGGGACGGCGUGAAUGUGCCACCCCGUCCGGAAGAGCUGACACCCAAGGGAAAGAGAGAUUGGGAGAAUGGGAAGGAAUUGGUGAAGACAUGUGUGAAGACGCAUGAUACGGCUACCGGUCUCGCUCCGGAAAUCGUACAUUUCCGAAUUCCAGGUGACAACAUGGACGAACUCGGACGGGGGCUUACCCCAUCGGAUUGGUAUAUCAAGGGUGGACCGCGAGGAGCUUUCCCUCUAUACGAUGCGAGGUAUCUUCUUCGGCCAGAAACCAUAGAAUCUCUCUUCAUCGCUUUCCGUCUCACUGGUGACCAGAUCUACCGUAAAUGGGGAUGGAAGAUAUUCGAGUCGAUUGAGAAACACUGUCGGGUACAUACGGGUGGGUAUGCGAGCAUUAUUAAUGUGGAUGAGGAUCCUGCAAGGAAAGAGGAUAAGAUGGAAUCAUUUUUGUUGAGCGAAACGUUCAAGUACCUGUACCUGCUGUUCUCCGAUUCGGACGUGCUGCCAUUGGACAAAUACGUGUUAAAUACAGAGGCACAUCCGCUUCCGAUAUUCACACCAACUACUCAGACCGGCUUUUCGUAA